UACCAAUAUUCAAUUCUUCUUCUUCUCUCUCUCUCUCUCUCUCUUUUGGUCUCUCCACUUUCUCCUUCUUACAGUGGUCGGUUAUCAGCAUUCAGUAGCCCCAUAUUCACCACUACCCUCUUUCUUCUUCUUCUUCUUCAACCUUCAACAUUAAUCCAUACUUAAAAACCUACUCAUUCAAUCAAACUAACCAUUAAUUCGUCUGACUCCGAGGGUUCUUCAAUGCCGUUUUAGUCGCUGGACCCCACUUUCCCUCUUUCUGUCAAGUCUCAACCUUGAAUUCUUUCUGUAUAUCUUCUCUUUCAUUUCAACCACCAUUCAUGAUUCAUGUUAAUGUUCAUCACAAAACCCACCGAUAUGAGCAAGCCUUCAACUGAAACACCCAACACCCACUGCGAUUUACUCACCAAGUUCAAGCGUUUCAAGCCUCUAGAACCUUCUCUUGGCAUAGCUAGCUUCUUCUUGCUCACCCUCCUCGUCUUCCUCUCCUGCUUCUUCUACCUCGAUUACAGAGGCUUACGCUCUUGGGGAACUACGCUUCUCGGUCUCCACCUCCCUUCUUCUUCUUCCUCUUCUUCCGCUGCUCCUCCACUGGUUCAGUUUCUCUCCAAAGAGGGCGAUCAAUGCAAUGUUUAUGAUGGUAACUGGGUUUGGGAUGAGUCCUACCCUCUCUACCACUCUGCCAAUUGCUCCUUCCUUGAUCAAGGUUUUCGAUGCUUUGAGAAUGGAAGACCUGAUUCCUUCUACACCAAAUGGCGAUGGCACCCCAAAGCUUGCAACUUGCCCAGAUUUGAUGCAACCAAGAUGUUGGAAACUCUACGCGAUAAGCGGCUAGUUUUCGUUGGAGAUUCAAUUGGAAGGAACCAAUGGGAAUCGCUUCUUUGCAUGCUUUCUUCUGCCGUGGCAAACAAGAGUAAAAUCUAUGAAGUUAAUGGGAGUCCAAUCACAAAGCAUACAGGCUUCUUGUCGUUCAUGUUUGAAGAUUACAACUGCACGGUUGAGUACUACAGAUCGACGUAUCUGGUCGUGCAGGGACAUCCUCCUCCAGGAGCACCUGAAGGGGUGAGAUUGACUUUGAGACUGGAUCAUAUGGACUGGACUGCUCAUCGGUGGAGAGAUGCAGAUGUGCUGAUUUUCAAUACCGGACAUUGGUGGAACUAUGAGAAGACUAUUAAAAUGGGUUGUUACUUCCAAAUAGGAGAGGAAGUGGACAUGAAUUUGACCAUAACAGAUGCGUUCAGAAUAUCGGUGGAGACGAUGAUUGAUUGGAUUGCCAGAGAAGUAAACAUGAACAAAUCUUAUGUCCUCUUCCGAACUUAUUCUCCCGUGCAUUUCAGGGGUGGUGAUUGGAACACCGGUGGUGGUUGUAACUCGGAAACACUGCCUGAUUUAGGCUCAUUGCCAGCAGUAUCUGACAGUCAUUCAAGAACUAUUGUUGAUGUCUUGUCAGAGCACGCCCGCGAAGGUGUUCCUGAUUCUUGGAAUGAGAUUCUCUAUGCACUUCUUCUCAAGAGGAAUGCACCAAAAUUUUCCCAAGUUUCACUAUAAUCAGUAUACUCAGUCAGUCCACAUCGAAUAUGCAAAUUUAUGCGAGAGAGCUUUUGCUCGCAUAUCUUUGCUGCCACCUUCUUCUCCGUGAUUCAUUGAUUGAUGAGUGACAUGGAGCUGCAAGCUGAAUUGGGUGUGGAUGCUUCUAACCAUCUGUUUUUAAUUUCCUGGAAAAAUCAUUGCUUGACCCUCUUUGUAGGUGGGGAAAUCAUACUCACUGAGAGACGAGCUUGAUGGAUCAGAAUUCACAAGGCAUACAACAAUUUUUUGUUUUGGAAAAAUUCUUUGUAAAUUUCAUAAGUUGUUGGUACUAAGAAGCAUAGUGGAGACAUUGAUGUUAUUGUUUUGUACAUAAAAAAACAGUAUUUUGGUUUAUACAGAAAAUUUUCCUACCAUAUAA